UGCUGACAACUACCAUCGGACUCAAAAACUGACGACAAACCAUCACUCAGUACUAUACUUACAAUGCCUCCCAAAGCCGAUAUCAACAAAGCCGGAUGGGAGCAGAGUGAAUUCCCUAUUCUUUGCGAAACAUGUUUGGGUGAUAAUCCGUUUAUUCGUAUGUCCAAGCAAGAGUAUGGACGCUCUUGUGGCACUUGUGCAAGACCGUUCACAGUAUUCCGUUGGAAUCCAGGUUCUGGCAUGCGCUUCAAAACCACCGUCAUUUGCCAAACGUGCGCCAAAGUGAAGAAUGUCUGCCAAACAUGCCUUCUUGAUCUUGAAUAUGGGCUACCUACACAAGUCCGUGAUACCGCUUUGGCUUUGGAGAAGGACGCACCUACAAGUGAUAUUAACCGGGAGUACUAUGCACAGAACAUGGAGGCCAAGUUAGAAGGCGACAAGUCCGGCCUUGGGAGCGGGCGAACCCAGUCUGCGGGGAAGGAUAUGUUGAAGCAACUAGCGCGGACAGACCCUUAUUAUAAGCGCAAUCGUCCGCAUGUGUGCUCAUUUUUUGUCAAGGGGGAGUGCAAGCGCGGAUCUGAAUGCCCAUAUCGACAUGAGAAUCCUGUAGAAAGCGCGCUGUCACACCAGAAUUUGCAAGAUCGAUAUCAUGGGCAGAAUGACCCCGUCGCUCGUAAAAUUAUGGCCACACACGCCGCAAAUCAAGGCUUGAAGCCUCCUGAUGAUGAGACUAUUACUUCAAUUUUUUUAUCCUUACUUUCUCCCGAAUCUACGGAACUGAGUAUACGCACAACCGUUCUCAAGUCGCUACCCAGUGUUGAGCCGACGCAACUACGAUCUGUUGUUCAUGUAGCUAAGUCACGAUGUGCUUUCGUCAACUUCAAGGAACGAAGUACCGCUGAACGUGCUGCUGAGACAUGGGCCAACGGCCUUGAAAUUGACGGAGAACGAAUAGCAAUAAAAUGGGGCCGGAGCAAAGCAAAGCCGCCUGCCUCGACCGCGGUGUCUACCAUAUCAUAG